AUGGAUAUUGAAGCGACUCUUCAAACCGAUUCACCUAGAAAAAGACAAUGUAAUAAUAUUGAAGUUCUUCAAAUUUCAAGUUCACAACCCACAUCAACACAAAUCAAAUUACAGAACGAGGGAAAAGACAGUGUGGCAUAUUCCUCUGAUACGAAAAAAGUUUAUAGACUCAUGCCUCACACUCGUAUUCGUACGAUAAGCACAAAGUAUCGUGUUAAUAACGUUAAGAUCGAACCUGAAGUAUUGGUGACCGUGAUUGCUGAAUUCUCCAAUUUUGCUUCGAACGCAUUUUUACUACCCUUGAUGAUGGAUUUCCCGACAAUGGAAGUGUUGUUACAAGGUAUCGCGGUGAACAUUCACAAUGUAUCAGACACCAUAUCCAAUAUACAAUGGGAGUUUGAGAAAUUUCUACAAAAGAUUGCUGAAUUCCGGCAAAAGAUUCGCAAGGAAUCCCCCGAGUCAUAUGUUAUGGAUAUACUGAAGAAUGAAGAUGAUCCCGAAUCCAAUCUAAAUUAUGAUAAAAAAAAUAAAAAUGAUAUCUGGAGACCCGGGUCAGGUGGAGCCAAUAUCUCCUUUAGUCUUAACGAAGUUCAUCAGUUUCGCGAAUGGAUUCAAGGAAAUGUUAACAUCUGCAAAAGACCUUUGACGAAAUUCGUUGUGCGGAACUAUAUUAAAACUGAAGAUGAACGUUUGGCGGAGGGUCGAGCUCGCAUCGUUAGAUCGUACUUGAGGCAUAAGGAAUGGUCGUGGUUAGACGAUUUUAAAAUGGAUUUCGUCACGAAUGAUGAAAACUAUCUGGAUAUACGGGACUUGGCUUUUCAAUAUCUUUGUAAAGCGCGUCUGGAUGAAGGUUGCUAUAUUUUGUAUGAAAAGAAAAACCGAGGAACGUUUUAUCAAGAAAUAGAUUUCACAGAUCAAUUUCAGAAAGAGGGGUCACUUCCGGUCCGUAAGGCCAUAUGCGGUGUUCAGCAUAUUUUGAAGCUUUCUUUUGAAGGAAUUAAGGUGGAACUAUGGAUGGAACCUCCGCAACAUUUACAUGUGCGUGAUGCAUAUGAUGCGUUUGUUAGUCGAAUCGAAGCCGCUGAUAGAUUGAAGUUAUCACAGCUAGUGACAUUCGAUCAAAUAAUCUUUAUCGCAGAAACUCGAGCAAAACAGCCGUCUCCAUCCGAGCCAUUGGUUAUUCCAAGCUUAUUCAAUCUUCCUGCAUUGCUUCGCUCUAGUGAAUUUAAAGUUGCAAAUUACCCGGUUCCUUCCUUCCUUCCGACCGAUUCGCCAUCAAAUACUUCUCUUCAUAGGAAAAUCCUUUCUGCAGAGUCACCUGCUCGUGGAUCAAAUGAUCGUUCACGUACGAGACGCGUUAGUGUGAACAAAAAAGAAUCUUCAGAGGCAAUGAUAACUCCAAAAAGACUUCCACUUUCAAUGUCAAAUUACAAGAACUAUUCCAUCGAUCCAGAUCAGAUAGCAGCUCUCAAGACUUUAGAUUGGGAUUUGGCCUUGUUGCACAUUUCAUUCGAAAAAACGCUAAGCAAGUAUUCUAAUUGGGAAAUUGAUACGACUGAUGAAAGUUGCAAGGGUUCAUUGAUAGAGGAUAUGGGAAAUGAGCUAUUGAAUGAUGAAACUUCUGCGACCACGAUUCGCACUAAUGAUCUUCGAGAAUCUCGGUGUUUUGUUAAAGUUAUAAACUCGAAUACCUUCCUUCUUAUUUUUGUACCCUCGUUCACGAUUUUGAUAAAUGAAAUGGUUCGAAAAAAUGGUGAAUACAUUGAAAACAAACCGUGUUAUUUAAGCUUGCCUAUAUUUUUGUGUGAGCGACAAAGGCCAAUUCAUGGUGAUUCUAAAGAGAGACUUAAUUCUUUUGGUCUUGGGUUUGCAUCCUCAAGUUCAUUAAAAAAGAGCUCGCUGGCCCCGAAAAUAAUUGAAUAUCCAACAAACAAGAAUCAAGGAGAUCAAGAGGUUGUGGCUGACCGAGUGGUCAAGGUUAACAAGGCUAUUGAAAUCGUAACGAGUUUGUUUUCUCGUGGAUUUGUGAAGUCAAUUUACGCGAGUAUUUUACAAAGACGAAGGGUGCAAACGGAGGAUUUCAGUAAAGCUGUUGAUGCUUGUGAAGAAAUCAAUAUCGAUAUCGAUAUCACCGGGUAUGUAAAUGUGCACGUGUUAGGCUCUCGUCUGGGCGCAGAAAAGGAAGACGAAAGUGAGGUUUACCAAAAGUUUGUUGCCGUUCUUGGUCACUAUUUUGAACCAGUCUGUUUGGUUGGGAAUGAACUACAAUAUACUUAUUAUUAUUAUCGCGUGAAGAAAUCGAGUAGUUUAAUCACAAAUGCUAUUGACAACGUCGAUAUCGCCGGAAACUUUUUGGACAUUUAUAAUUGCGCAGAAAAUCCCCUAUUCAUUCGGCUGGAAUGUAUUUUCAGAAAACCUCUGUCCGAACCUGUUGAAGAGAAAGAAUUUGAGACAGUCCAAUUUCCGGUGUCAAGUUUGCCCACCACAUAUAUUUACAAAGACUCGGUAGGCAAAUGCCAUGAUUUUUCGCCUGAAUCAAUUGGAACUGAAGCUUCCCCGGUUGAGUCUUCUGACGGAACAAAGGCUAUUUUACGCAUAAUUUGCCUAACAUUACCAUCGGUUGAGGAAAUUGGUAAAGAUGACCAUGGCAUUGGUGACAAGUCGGGGGCUGAUGAUGAUCCAUCGAAUACCGCAGGAUUGAGUUUAUUGACCGUGGAUAAACGGAAGAACAUAGACGAAACCAAAGACCGUAUCGAUUGGCUUUUAAAGGAAGAGAUUAUGCACGAACUUUUGAAAACUCGAAACGUAAACCAAUCGGUGCUUGCAUACGUUCAAAAGCAAUUGAGGAAAAAGAAGAAUCCAUACGUUGAUUUUCCGACAACAUUUACCGUACCAUUAUCUUUUGUUCGCAAAAGUAAAGGUCCGACUCGGUUUCUUCUAGAAUUUAGCAAGGCGGACAUGAAACCAUUUUCGUUAAAUCAGGUCGAAGAAUGUUUUUAUAUUAGCAUGGAUGGUGAGAUUCCGGAAUCUCUGGAGACAGCGACGCCCAAUUACGAUGAUGGUUCCGAGAACACAGAGACGCAUGCCCUCAUGUCAGAAGCUCGACGCGAGGGCAAGAAAGGCAUCGCUUCUGGUCUUGGUAUAAGCUUUAGCCAUCCAAGUGAUAGGGAAAAUAUUUCAGAUCCGGCUGACAAGUCCACCAAAAAAAAUGUUGCACAAAAGCAAUUGUUUUGGUUGUUGCUUAUCCCUCAAGGAAUGAGCAUUCAAGUGUACUUUUAUUCAAAGGCUUUAAAUUCCCUGAAACGGUCGUUAACCAUACAGCACAUAAGAAAAUGUAUUGUGGAUGUAUCGGAGAGAGUUAAUCAAUUGAUAUUGUUGGAAGACCUUCAUGAAAAACGUCAUUGCAGUAAGUAUUUGGUGCCACCAGAUGAUCCAUCCGGUUAUGAAUCUUUAUCGGAAGACGAGGAUCAACCUUCGGCUGAAUUGUCGUCGAAUGAAAGUCAAAUUACCGGAAAAUUUAAGAUCGUACCACCAAAUAAAGCAUUGAGUGGAAUUGGCCUUUCUCUCAACACGUUUUGUGUUUUAAAUCGUAAAGAUAUGUUCGUUUAUACUGGGAAGAAGAGUAUCGUGUAUUUUAAAAUAUACGAAGUAGAAUCCAAUGUGGGGGGUGAUGAUUUAUCGACUCUCAUGGAUAAUAAUGCUACGCAAGUGCCAUUGCAAACAACAAAUUCGGAGGCCGGGAAUAUUUCCUGUGCUUCACCUAACACUCGAAAGCCCGGAGAAAAACCAAAGACCACGGGGAGGGAUCUGGUAGUAAAGGUGUUUGGAUUGAAUAUAUCGGAUGAAGAGAGCAAGGAGAUCAUGGGGAGUCUGAUGAGCAUGUUGGAAACCAGUCAGACUGCCCUCCUUAAAAAAGAGGAUAUCGAGUUCAUAUUGCCAGUCCACAAAGACCCUAGGCGGCUUCGGUUGGCCAUUCCAACUUUUAUUAAAAAUCUUUAUGCUUUUUUGGUAUACUUCAACCAAAAUCUUUCUUUUUACCUAAGACCCUUGAGUGGCAAGGAUGUGGCCGCUGUUAUUAAACAUCACCAUAAUCGCUCUUAUGGUGGUAGCUAUAAUAGCGAUGGUCUGGAUAGUGAGAAAAAAGCACCAUAUGAUAUUCAACUUCACGAAUUUUCAUUCUGUUACAAUUUCAAUUACGAUACACGAUCUCAUGUUGAACUUUCUGUCGGACAAGGAAUUGCCGGAAUUUGUUUAACGUUACUCGAUCGCAAUGGAAGGCCAAUUUAUGAGCUUACAUCGGAUCAGGUCGAUACUAGUGAUACUGAGAUGUCCAAGAUAGUGGAAUACAUCUCGCAGGAGGAGAAUAUUUUUUGUGAUGAUAGCAUUAAAUACGAUUAUAGGUUGCUCGUCGAACUUUGGACUGAGAGCUCGAUUAAUUGGAUCAAAUUGUUCGAAUAUGUUCAGAAAAGUUUCAGGCAGUGCCUUUGUGAUUAUUUCUUAGAAAUCGCGAUAACUCAGGGUCUAGGGCGUGCACCAGAGACGGAAGCUGAUAGAGAACACCCUGAAGAUCAUAAGGAAGAGAUCCUCGCGAGUAAUCAUACGGAAAAGGCCUCUGCGGGCGACCAUAAGGAGGAACGUGUCAAGGAAGACCCGAAUAAAAAGGAGGCACCUGCGGAAGGCCAUAAAGAAGAGGUACCUGUGUGUGAACAUAAUGAAGGAAUUUCGGCUGACGCUUGCGAAGAAGUCACUUCGGCGGUAGAAUAUUUCGAUUUUCGCGCUCAACAGGAAUUCAUUAAACCAUCGUUAGAAUUAAUAAAAAAGGCAGCGAACUUGGAGAAUCCUGCAUUAAGUUCAAUGAAUGUAAAACUAGAUAUGCCAUCAUGGAUGAUGGAUGAUUUUUUAAGGGAAGUCCAAGAAGUGUUGUCCAGUGUUCAUGCUAUUUUCACGCCCAUCAUUCUCAGAACCAAACCUUUCAUUCCAUCGCUGUCAACGGUCGGCGAGAAGGAUAAGUAUGAAAUAUAUCGUCCAAGACCAUCGUCUAUGUCUACCAAAGACCGAACAAAGACCGUCCCCCGACAAUAUUUGAUAAUUGCUGGACUUAAUGAGUUGAACCAAAAGUACCAAAAACCCAAUGUGCAAUCACGUAGAGGUUCCUCCGAUGAAAGUCAUUCCAGAAAAUUAGCGCAACGUCGUCUCCUGGAAGACAUCAUGGAAUACACCAUAAAGCCAUUUCACAAAGACAACAUAAAAACUUCUAAGCUAUUUAGGUCUUGCUUCCUCUUCAUGACUAUCGACGGUUUCGAUCUAUCAAUCUACAUUUACAAUUGGAAAAAACAUCAGUCAGACAAUUUUUAUUCGGCUAUGAGGAGAAUUACUGAUUGGCACAACAAACGGGUUAAACUAUUGAACAACAUACUCCAUCAGAAAAUGGGUUUGUUCUAUCAUUCUAGUUGGAUAACUUUUAAACCCCAAUCGCCUCAUAAUACCCCCAAAUCCGCGACAAUGACAACAGAUUUGACGCUUGUGAACUCAUUCAUUAACGAACGAUUUCCCUCACAUCAAAAACUUGAUGCACGUGGUUAUGACUUCAAGAAAAGUUCGGUUUCGAGAAAUGUAGAAUUGGAAGUUAAUCGCGUGACACUUACAGCGUCGGACUUGAACGAGGUGUUGAAGGAUAGUUAUAUCGAACUACUCCCUGAAGAAGGACGGUCAUCGGAAGACCUUGAUGUUCUCAAGAGACAUGGCUUACUAUUUACGAAAGAGUGGUCCCGCCAGAAUGAGAUUUCUCAAGCCCACGACAACGCUCGGAAUGUGUAUGAUAAGUGGAAAAAGAGCUACGAGGAAAAUGUUGACAUGAAAGAAAGAACCAAACAAUCGGAUAUCGAUAUUAUUCUUCGUACAUCACGAGUUUUGCUUUGCGGCCGGGCGAAAUUUUUGUUAAAUGAUAAGUUGCCUCAUUUAUAUGACGACAUGGUUCAAAGAUUCUUUGAUGAUUAUCGGGCUUUCCUCGAAGGGAAGAUGGGUAUGCAGUUAUUGCCCAACGUUGGAGAUGAUGGAGAUCUUGAAUCCUUUACUUCCAAGUAUUCGGAGACGGAAAAGGCAUCAGAUGAACAUUCAUCUAUGUUUCUAUUAAAGGCACUGCAAGGUGGAACAAUUAUUUGCUAUGUUGAAAUUCAAGGGGACUUUGUGUCUGUUACUUUGUACGUGCUCAAUAGACGUUACGAUAGAAUCCGUGUGGAUGCCCCAUCAUUCGCCUCCAAUAUUAGUGCGAGGGAUAGUGUGAGAGUUUUCGCGGAAGAGUGUGGAAAGUUUAAGAAAAUGAUUCGCGUGAACACAUUUAUUUACGAUUUUCAUCUUCGCUACAUAAAAUAUCUGUUGAAAUCUCAAUCAGAAAAACCUCUUGCUUUCGAUAUAAUUGAAUUUAUCAGAAAUUUUUCUCUUAAUGCAAGUCGCACGCGUCAUCGAAUUUAUCGUCACAAUUUUAAAAGUGCGUCGGACUCAAUACCGGAAGAUUUAUUCGACUACAUUCUCGGCCAUCCUCAAUAUUUUGGAUUUCACUCGAUAUCCUACGAUGGCAGUCAAUCCACUUCACCAAAUGAACCAUGCAUUAUGAUACUUUCUUUGCCGCAGACCGAUGAACACGUGGCCGGAAGAGUGAGCCUGGAAUAUCAUGUGAUUGUAUUUUAUGACAACGAUGGAACUAGUCAGUCUGUGGAAGAAAGCCGAUACGAAAUGAAAAGCCGAUGUGACCAUAAACUUGAUUUGAUGACGCAACAGGCGACAACAUUCUAUCGACGGGAUCGACUGUGGGAUCAGCUUCGCGCAUUGGACAGGAGUAACAAUUCGUAUCCCAUGACCGACGAAGAUUUGAAGUUGUUAAUUGAACUUUGUCACAGUCACGAAAUUGAUGCAAUCAAUUCCGAUUUCAAAAAUAUUUUAACCAUUUCCCCGAGCUGGACAGAUGUUUUGGAUUUCCUUUCUUCAUAUUACGCACAGGACUCGAGGAAAUUAAGUGAUGGUCAUUUGGUGAUAUUCGACUCGAAUAAUCGUGACAUUUUUAUUCAUUUUCACGCAUCUCAACCACCCUCGAGCGUAACGGGCGUUAACAAUUUGAUGGUGAAUCUUGUUAGCAAAGAGAAUGAACAGGAUCAAGCAAAGGUUUUAAGCCAAUUCGUCUCUGAUAUUAUCGUGACCGUUAGUUACUGGUUGUGGAAAAAGUUGAUUUAA